AUGGAGAGUCAGAUGACCCAACUAGCCCAACAAAUAAGCCACCUCUCUAAACCUUCAGGCCAACUUCCUGGGCAAACUGAACCAAAUCCUAAGGGGCAUAUCAAUGCCAUUUCAUUGAGGAGCGGUAAAGAAUUGCAAGAGCCUACAAGGAGGGUAACUGAGCAAAACAACACUGCAAAAGAGGUUAUAGAGUUGAGUGAAGAAGUUCAAGAGAAGACGGGUUUGGAAGAUGAAGCUAAUAAGUCUGAGAAGGAGGAACCCACUGUCAUUCCUAUUAAACCAUACAAGCCACCUGUUCCGUUCCCUCAAAGAUUGGCACAGGCAAAACUUGAAAAGAAAUAUGGGAAGUUCCUUGACAUCCUGAAGAAGCUACACAUCAACAUACCUUCUUGGAUGCCAUAUCUGAGAUGCCUUCUUACGCUAAAAACGCUUCCAGAAAAGCUAGGAGAUCCGGGCAGCUAUUCUAUUCCGGUCAAGCUUGGAGAUAUUGCUAUCAAGAAUGCUCUGUGUGAUCUUGGGGCUAGUGUUAGUCUCAUGCCGUUAUCUAUCUGCAAGCAACUCAACAUGGGCGAACUAAAACCCACACGCAUCUCUCUACAACUAGCUGACAGGACAGUGAAGUUUCCACUUGGUAUACUUGAAGAUGUUCCUCUUCGAGUGGGAAGAUGCACAAGUUCCCAUAAUUCUUGGAAGACCUUUUUGGCCACUGCUGGAGCCAUUAUUGACAUGAAGAAGGGUAAAAUCACUUUUGAAGUAGGUGAUGAAAAGAUGGAGUACACACUCACAAACUCCAUGACUUCUCCUUCUAUGGGAGAAACUGUUUAUAGAGUGGAUGCUCUUGAUGAGGUGAUAGAAGCGAGGCUUUCAAUCUGCAACUGGAUGAUUCGCUACAAACGGUCUUGA